AUGUCUGAAGAUAAGAUCGCAGAACUAGCGUCGCCGCAGCUCUCGUACGCCUCAUCGGUGGUAGACCGGCGGCGCGUGCUGCGUAAGCUGGACCGGCAUCUCCUCCCGUUCGUGUCGGUGCUUUAUCUACUGUCUUUCCUCGACCGAGCUAACAUUGGCAAUGCGAAGGUUGCAGGGCUUACAACAGAUCUACGCCUUACAGGCCUGCAGUAUAACCUAUGCUCGGCGAUUUUCUUCUUGCCCUAUACAUUCUUCGAGGUACCGUCUAACAUGGUAAUGAAGCUGCUCAGGCCAUCGCGUUGGAUACCUUGCAUCAUGGUUUGCUGGGGCAUCGUCAUGCUGUCUAUGGCCUUUGUGAAGACGUUCUCCGGACUCAUCGCCGGUAUUAUUGAGGCUUCAGCAGUCUGGGCUGUUCCCCGGUGUAACUUUCUACCUAUGUUUGUGGUACCCCGAGCAGCACAAGCGCAGCGGGUGUCUAUUUUCCUGUCUGCGGCGACGGUAUCUGGUGCAUUUGGUGGCAUUCUCGCCUUCGGUAUCGAGAGGAUGGACGGCAUCGGUGGACUCGCCGGCUGGUCAUGGAUUUUCUUACUGGAGGGAAUGAUCACGGUCGGGGUUGCGGGUCUCUCGUUCUUCUUCAUGUACGAUGAUCCGGAGACCGCACCAUUUUUGUCACCGGAGGAACGCGAAUGGCUCAUCGACACUAUCAAGGAAGAUAUGGCCGGUCUUUCCAAGUCAUUCGAAUGGAAGUUCCUUGCUCAGGCUCUCAAAGACCGCCACACGUAUAUGUACAUGCUUCUCUAUCUCUUUACCGCGCUACCGGCAUACACUUUCGCACUAUUCCUGCCGACGAUCAUCACCGGCCUAGGGUACUCUGCUGCUCACGCGCAGCUGCUCACGAUCCCUCCGUACGUCGCUGGAUGUGUGGUCACGGUCGCAUACGGGAUGCUGUCCGAUCGAUGGGUGAUGCGUGGCCCUUUCAUUCUGAUUGGCUCCCUCACUGGUGUUGUUGGCUAUGUGAUCCUCUUUGCGACCGACAAGGCUGUGGUGGGGUAUGUGGGCACCAUCAUUGCUGCGUGUGGGCUGUUCCCUGCAGCGGCCUGCGUCCUCGCUUGGACAGGCGGUAAUGUGGGCGGCGAUGUCAAGCGUGGAGUGGUUAUCGCCAUGACCAUUGGUCUCGGUAACCUCGGAGGAUUUGCGUCAUCGUUCAUAUAUCGUGCGCAAGACAGUCCGCGCUAUCAUCCAGGGCAUGCUACCAACAUCGGUUGUCUAUCAGUCGCAGCUGUUCUCAGUGCGAUUGGCAUGCUCGAGCUCCACCGCUUGAACGGACAGAAGCGACUCAUACGAGACAAAGAAGGCAUCACGAUCGAACGCAUGGCUGAAUUCCGGGAAAUGGGUGACAAUUCACCUCUAUACAAGUAUACACUGUAG